AUGCUCUCCCGCAAGACCACCAACACUUCCACCCCCAACCCUGCCAAACCCAAACGCUCUAGAGCCUCCGCGCCCAAGGUUCGUACGGGUUGCAUUACCUGCAAGACGCGACAUUUGAAGUGCGACGAAGAGAAGCCGACGUGUCUGCGAUGCCGCAACGACGGCUUCACCUGUGAUGGCUACUUGCAGAGCGUCGUUGUAUCCAGCUCGUCCCGAAAAAAGUCCAAGACCGUCUAUGUCCCUUGGCUGCCCACCCCGACUUCAUUUAUCGAUCGCGGUUCGCAAACGGAGCGACGUUUCCUCCAUCACGUCCAACAAAACACCACCAGCCAUCUCACUUUUACCUCAACUCGUCUCGACUUCUGGAACCGGCUCAUCCUUGCCCCUGCCCAGACGAGUGAGGCCGUCCGACAUGCCUUGGUCGCGUUGGGAGCCGCGCACUGGCUCUUCCUCACGCGCAUUCCGAACGCGUCGCCAACGCCAGAAGCACAGCAACUCGAACAUCUCAUCCUCCAACAGUACAACAUGGCCAUUCAAGACUUGACGGCACGGAUGGGCGAGUCGGCAACGACAGACCUGCACCUCACCCUCGCGUGCUGCCUCAUCUUCUUCUGCAUCGAAAGUAUGAUGGGACGCUACACCGAGUCCAUCCAGCAUCUGCGCGCCGGCUCGCGCCUCCUCGCCUCCCCCAACGGCGCGUCUCCCUCACGAGAAAGCACGCCCACCUCCUUCUCCAGCGACGACGCCAUCUGCGAAAUGGCGCAGACCUUCUCCACCCUCGGCAUCCACGCCGCCCUCUUCCUCGACGAGCCCGUCGUCGACGAUCUCAGCCUCUAUUCGCGCUUCAACGGCGCCAGCGAGCUCCUCGAAGGCCCCUUUGAAAGUCUCGCCGACGCGCGUCGACAAAUCUCCGCCAUCGAAGUCGACUUCAACCACAGCUUAGAGGGUGCAGGGGGCAAUGUCGACGCGCCACAAAUGCAGCCCAUCCACCAUCGCGUCCACCGAUGGAUGUCGCGCUUCGAUCAAUCGCGAAAAGUGCUCGGCGAAUCCGUCAAGUCGCAAGCCGAGCAGCACGAGUUCCUCUCCCUCUGCCUCUCGCGUCGCCUUUGGCAAUCCGUCAUACGACCUCACACCCGUGCACCCUCCCCCACCCGCUUCGCCAACGUGACGGAAGACGACCAGGCAUUUACCGAGGUCUUGGACUUGGCGGAAAUGCUCGCAAUGCGGCGGAAAGACAAUCAUCCGGUGUUUACUCUGUCCGCGGACAUUGUGCCCGCGCUCAACUUCAUCUGCGACACUACGGACAAUGCGCAGAUUCAGCGACGCGCUAUUCAUCUUCUCAGGGGGAUGCAAAGGCGGGAAGGCUUGUGGGACAGCGUAGAGGUGGCGGAGUAUCUUGAAGAUUCCCUCUCUGCACGUAAGAUUCUGAGGCACGGAUGGGAUGAUGUUUUAGGAGGACUACCAGGUGCCGCGAGAGCCCUAUCACGCAUGGGCCUCUCGACCCUCAGUCCGAACAAUGGCAUUCUAAUCAUGGCGACAAAGACGCAAAUGCCAGGCUAG